AUGGAAGAUUGCCGCAGAUUUUUUGAUUUCUCUACGGGGGGCGUCCCGCAUUCAAACAAUGUGCCCGUAUUCGUGGCCCCGGGCAAUUUUGGCUGCCCCCUACCAGCACCGGGAUCGGCUUCCAUUUUCCUGGAUACAAGCAUCUGCGAUCAAAACAGCGGGCUUCCAGGUUUAGGCGUGGGUAGCAACUUUGGCACCGUAAAUGCUGGAGUUUUGCAGGCUCAUCAAGAUCUAGGCACAAGUCAGCAAAUCACUGUGGACAUCUUCAAUUGGGACGCGAUAAUGCAAGAGUUCCUGAAACCGGAGGAAGUUGCAGAUGGACAGCUGUCUGAGACGGACCUUGGAAACACCGCAGUGCAGCCUCGGGAAGCUCAACAUAUUAUGCCGUGCUGGCAAAACGAGCAGCAACACCCAGCCAUAUCAAGCGUCGACUCGCUCAUUUCUGUCCCCACCUCCCUUUAUCAGGUGCCGUCAAAUCCUCUGUUUGGUGCACCACACAUGGAUGGCGGCGUUUCUGGUUGGCUGCAAUCCUCGUCAGCUGUUAUGGGUAGUCCACGGCAUAAGCCAAAUUCACAUGUCCCUGUGGGCUCGACUUAUGCAAACAACCUCGGAUUAUCUUUCUAUGCGCAACAUUUCAGAUCUAGGGCGCCAAUAUGCGAGGACGUGCCUGCUGAAGGGGCAAGCAGAAACAAGAAUACAGAAAAGUUGCCCGUCGCACUAGGCCAGCAGCGGGGUGGGGAUCGAUGCGAAUCGCUCGUUUUUGCGCCAGCCACGCAAAAACAUCCACGACCUUAUGCCGGAGCUCAAAAGAAAAGGAAAAAGCAGCAACAACUCGAGGUCAACGCGUAUGCGUUUGCGCCAGCCCGGGGGCAAGCGAAUGAUGGACGAGUUGAUGGUCCAGUGGGAAGCGGUCGGAAAUAG